CAAGCGAGAUAUCGUAAAUAAUAUAGUUUUUGUUUAUGUGUUGAUAGCGGUUAAAAUGUUAUGAGAUUACCAGAAUAAAUUAUGCUUAAUUGAAAUGUUUAAAGCCAAAAAUUUGCUAGAAAUAGACACUGAUUUCUAAUUGGAGUGGAUAUAAUUUAAAUGUAUAAGAUUUACUUUUUUAUUUCAUUCAACUAGAUUAGAUUUUAUACCAGAAAAGAUAAAGAUAAAUUUUAACAAACGAUUUUUUUUAUAAAGAUUUUAUUAUGGACUCAGUUUUGUCAUCAGACGAUAGCUGUGAUCAUGAUUUAAAGAGCUUAAAAAAUCAGUUGAGCGAAUUUGGUCUAGAUGAAGAUAAUUUAAGUAAAGAAGAAAUGAUGGAUAUACUUAAGGCACUUAAUUAUUCAAAGGCAACAGUUCAACCAGAUCAACCACCACAAAAAGAGAAGGAGGAAAAACCCGGCAUCACUCCACCCAAAAUAAUGACAAGACGAUAUUUAAAUGUGAGAGACAGACGCAUGCCUUGGAGCCUUAUUCCCCAUACUUUAGCACCGGCCGAAAAAGCUAGAACUCUUGCUGUAUAUAUAAAGUUAAUGUCAAUAAAUUCAUACCGCCAAGCAAGGCAGUCAUCAAAUAUGACUGCUUGGUCUCCGCCCAUCCAAAUUGUUGAGUCAACUAGAAUACAGCCCCAUAGAUCAACAAGAAGUGGUCGUUCUGUUCCACUGUAUGCUGAUUAUGAUGAUGACUCAUCAGACUUUGACUGUGUGAUCACCAAAUCGAAGAAAAGAAGGGUAUCAAAUACUGACCAGACGGAUACAUGCAUUAAAAAAGGAUUAAGCUUAAAGCGUAAACUACAAAAGGAUGAAAAUAUUAGGCCAGUCAAAGAAGCCAAAGUCAUACAUGAAAUACAAAGGUCUGAUGAUGAAAAUAAUUUAAAAGUUGAUAUUUAUUCAAUAGUUGAUGACUGAAAAUGAUAAAUAGAAUUUUUUUACAUAAUAACUCAACUUAUGCAAAUACUGAUCAUUUAUAAAAUUGAAUUGUCUUUGACAAAAUACUCAUAAAUAAAAUUUGUAGCAAUGAUUUAAACUUUAUAUUGCUCAUAAAAGAAGCAAAAUGUAAAUAGUAUUUGCACAAAUUAUUUAUUUCAUUUAUCAAAUAUACUAGUUUAGGUGAUAGUCAAAAAAAGAAGAAUAUUUAUUUUUUGUGAUAUUUAUAGAGAUAGAUAAAGCAAGUUGUAUGUUAGAAACGCGAUGUACACUUCUGCAAUGCACAAUUUCGUAAACAGACAGUAUUGGCUUUACAUUAACAUGUCAGGCAGAAUUUACAGUAAACUGCAAAACCUCGUUCAGAGAAUUGUAGCUAGACAGUAAAUUGUUAUAAAAAUACCUGGAAUUUAAUGUAAAAGAAAUUAUUAUUUUAUAUCGAAGUGUUUCGUUUCGGUUCUACUAUCAUCAAUGAGCAAUUAAGUUCCGUAUCCAUUGCAACUUUAACUCAACACACUAAAUUUGGCGUGUUUUUUUAACACGCAAUGUAAAUGAAUACAUUUGAAAAUAUCGUGUUUAAUUUCAC